CAGAAUGGCGACGUACAACAAUGCACACUGGUUGCUUUCGCACAUCCGGAACUCCUUCAUCUCCACCGACGAUACCGGUGUCAGUGAGACGGUGAUGGUGAUGGAGGACAUUCCGCUACAGCUUGCAAAACGAUUUCGAGAGACACAGGCACGAAAUGUGGAACCGAUUCCCAAACCGGAAACAACGACGGAAGGCGACGAAAGUGAUGGUUCCCCCGAUCGAUUACAGGACGAACGGUUCGGUGUAGAUUUUGAGUACUUCUACUCGUAUCCAGGGCUUGAUGACACGGACGAGGAAGAUGCGGAUACGUUGUCACAAUCGUACGACAUACAGAUGGAUCAGGACAGUGGUUUCCAUCGGCAGCGAUCGAAUACAGCCCAAAAGCUGGAAAAGCUCGAGCUCGCCCGUAUAAUGGCGUCACUGACGAAAAGCGUCAAACUGGACGAUAGUUCCGUUCAGCAGUCGGAGGAAGAUGAUGAGUACGAUCAGUUGUUCAUUCGUCGCUCGUCCUCGUCGGAGCACGAACCAUCUUCAUCAGCUAAACGGUUAAGCUCUACGCUAACGGAACAGAUGAGCGCACUACCAAACCUACCACAAAACCAGUUUCUCGAGUAUGCCAAGUACGACGGUACGGGCCAUAUCGAGGUGCCGGUGCGCACGUUCAAAGUAUUCGUUCACGCCCUCCCGGAGGAGCAGCGUGCCUUUCCGUUGCCUGUAUGCGUACUAGCCACUACGAAAAUACAGGAUUUUAUAGGGCUAAUUUGCUACAAAUGCACGAUCGCGAAUCCAACGGUGGAGCUGCGUUCCGUGCGCCAUUAUGGUCUCUUCAUGACGGAGGAAGACGGUGAGCUCGAUAUGGAUUUUCCUCCACUGGACAGUAACGAACCGUGUUCCAAGUUUCGUUUCACACAUCUCGUAUUGGCGGAAAGACAGAUCCCACCAAGUGUGAGCCUUCAGCCCGUACUGCCCAUAAGCUCCGUUGGCCAAUCGCUCCGUUUCAACACGUGGAGCACAGGGCUAACAACACCAACAUCGGCCACAGCUCCGACCUCAACCAGUGCAAUGAAACUGGUAAAACAACAAUCGGAAACCUAUAGCCUGUCUUCCUCAGCGCAACAGCGAACGCAGCAAACGAGCGACCCUAGCAGGAACACGUUGCCUCGCAUCAGCAACCAGCAAAAGGAAGAUCUUGACCGUAUCAAAGGACACACGUCAAAAAUAGAAGCACCACUGUACCGGACGUUCCAGGUAAACAUUCUCCACAAAUCACGCCUCAAAACGGAAGUUCAGCUAGGCAUAUCGGGCGAUCGGUUCGAAAUUGAUCCAAUACCACACAAUCCGAGCAAAUUCUGGACCCGCCAAAAGCCGGCCUGCCAUCCGAUGGAUUCGGUAGCCGCCUGUAGCAUAAUGGAGCGGAAGCAGUCGAAAGCAGUGCUACGGCUGGUGUACUGUGCCGGGAACGUUGUAAGCGGUGAUGCCGAAGGUCCGGUAGUUUUUAAACAUUACGAUAUCGAAACAACGCCCGACACGGCGGACCAGAUCGUCGAGAAGGUGAACAAUAUUCUCGAGGUGCGGUUAAGCCCGAUCCGGCGCGAAUAUAUACGACGGCGUGGAAAAUUUAAACCACCCUCCAGUGCGUAGUACCUGGAGAA